CCCGCUCACCAUCACACCCCCUGAAAGUACCAACACCCGUCAUCCACUCCCGACACACUCACACUCUCUCUUUCCCUUGCCCUGUGCCUGUCUCUCUCCAUUCUACCAAGUAGCCGGCCAGACCUUUUCUCUCUCUCUCGCUCUCUCGCUCUCUCUCCUGCCCUGUCGACAUCCAUCGAGCGUUCCACGCCUUUCUCCCUCAGCCUCCAAAGCCGUGCUGUCUGCCGUUACUGCUGCUGACCGUCCGUGUCUCUAUCUACAACUGCAACAAGUUCCCUGGGACAUUUUUGGAAACUUUUUCCUUAAGACAUUUCUUUUUUUCCUAUCUCCCUGGAGACGCCAGUGCAUGUGGUGCUGUGUGUGAAAAGGUCUAGUGUUACUCUUUGCCCUGGGGGUCUCUGUACACCAUUAACCAGAGGAGAAGACUACUUGACAUCAUGAUCAAAGUUCAGCUGCUGCUUCUACUGGCCCUGGUCGGCCCCCUCUGUGGCGUCGCACACGCAAGCACACUGGUGACACCAGUAGAGCUGGUGACAGAUUCCCCUGCUGUUCCCGAGGCCACCGAGCCCCUCAAAGAGGAAGAUCCCAUAGUCACCCAUGCCCCUUCAGCUGAACCCGAGGCUGCGGCCGAGGAUGUCGUAACGGACACCCCUGCCGCCGAGGAUGUCGUAACGAACACCCCAGCGGCCGAGGAUGUCGUAACGGACACCCCAGUGGCCGAGGAUGUCGUAACGGACACCCCUGCCGGAGAAGAAACCGCUACUGAGGCUGCUGCCACGGAAGUCGCUCCUGUGGAGACCGAAGCCCCUGCCACUGAAGCUGCCAAGCAGGAGGCGGCCACAACUAACGCCCCUGCCAUCAUCACCGAGGCCCCGGCGGAGCCCGAAGCCAAGGCCACGACAGCUGCAGAGGUGGAGGAACCAGAGGAGGGUAUGGGCUCUGGACAAGUGGUUGGUAUUGGGAUUGGUGCAUUGGUGGCAGUGAUCGUUGUCAUCGCCGUGGUGAUCGCCGUGGUGAGGAGAAUGGGCAAAUACUCGGCUGCUGCUGCUGCUGCUGCUGCUGCUGCUGCUGCUAAGAAAAGGGCUGCCAAAAAAAGGAGCAUCUUGCCCCUGAGGAGAAAGGCUGCAAGACAGGAAGUCCCCAAAACGUUCUGGCAAUUCUGAUCUAUGUAAUUUCCUGUCAUUAAACAAGCAUUCUACCAGCACUCUAACUUAACCAGGAUCUUGGACUGUUGACAAAAGGAGGGGAUGAUGUGUGGGGGAGGAUGUUUGCCCGCCUCUCCUCUUCUCCCCCAACCCCAAGACAUAGCCAUUGACAUCAACGGUCCUGUACAACCACACAGCAACCCCCCCAUAUCAACAACCAAACUGAAAAAAGGUUGCCCACAGGAUGUAACAUUGAAUUUCAGGGUCCUUCAUUUGGAUUUGUAAAAAUAAGUAAGGGAUUAUCUCACUUGUGGUAGAAAACGCUCUCUCAUAUGCAAGGGUGUGUACAUUAACACAGAUGUGCAUUUGAGUUGGUGAAGAGGACCUAUACAAGAAAAAAUGGGAAUAUGGAAAAAAGGAGAUGGGAGAGAAUGUUGUGAAUUCCAUAGGGUGUAUAUACCAUGCAAAGGGACUAUAGUUAUUACUUUAUCAUAUGUUGCAGUUGCUCACUAUAGCAUUCAGUAUAUGGAACAUUGCAAAGCAGCCAAAAGCUAUUGUGGCCAAUGGACCUAACUGAAAAUCCCUUUGAAAAACCAACCACAUUAGCAUUUUGUCACCUUAACACCUAGCCAAUGAGUUCCUCACUACAGAAAUGUUCCAACAACUAUAUGAAGCACUGUAUGCAGAAGUUGUUUUGACAUUGUGCUCAUGUUCUGAGGGUUAGCGAGGGGCUAAUUAAAAGACGUCUCAUUUGCAAGUGUAACGUGACAUUCUGCCAGCUUUAACACUGACAUAAAAACCUAGUACAUAUCUGUGAAAUUUAGCAGAAGGGUUUGUGCCACUGUCUCUGGUAUUCUCUGGAUAGUUUGGAGAUGUUACUGUUGAAGUACAUUAAUAUGAAUUGACUGUACUUUAACUGCCACCCAUUCCAAUAGGACAGUUUUGACGACUUCGGGUUUCACCAAAAAAUGUGUUCCAUGUACAGGUAGUGGUUAUCAGCCCCCAUUCUGCUAGCAUUGUCUUUUAUAAUGUAUCCACCGUACUUCUGCUUACUUUAGUUGGGAUAGAGUAUACCAAGCAAAAAUACACACAGAUUUUCUUCAUAAUCGUUAGUAGUCAUUAAUGGGUGUAAAAAUCAUUGUCUCAACUUAGCUCCGCUUGCUUUAAGAACUCAGUUAAUAAGUGCACUGAAUGAGUGAUGAUAAUUGUUUAAUGAAUCCGCUUUAGACACUGCAAUCGUUUGCGACGACAUUUGUUUUCUGCUUUUGCUCCAUAUUAUCAACUCUAGGUCUUUAAUUUUACUGUCUGAUUUCUUCAAGUCUUUUUAUUUAAUUGCAGUGUGUUUGUUCAUACUGUUUCAAUAAAAAAGUGAAAACACUCCACAAAUAUA